GCAGGCUGCGCGGGCCGGUGCGCCGCCAAGGACAAAAGGAGCUUAGCGCUGCUCGCCUCACGGCUUCCUCCCGGGCUCAGCAUGAAGAAGGCAGAAAUGGGAAGGUUCAAUAUUUCCCCCGACGAGGACAGCAGCAGCUACAGCUCCAACAGCGACUUCAACUACUCCUAUCCCACCAAGCAGGCUGCUCUGAAAAGCCAUUAUGCAGACGUAGACCCUGAAAACCAGAACUUUUUACUUGAAUCGAAUUUGGGGAAGAAGAAGUAUGAGACAGACUUUCAUCCAGGUACUACUUCCUUUGGAAUGUCAGUAUUUAAUCUGAGCAAUGCGAUUGUGGGCAGUGGAAUCCUUGGGCUUUCUUAUGCCAUGGCUAAUACUGGAAUUGCCCUUUUUAUAAUUCUCUUGACAUUUGUGUCGAUAUUUUCUUUAUAUUCUGUUCAUCUCCUUUUGAAGACUGCUAAUGAAGGAGGGUCUUUAUUAUAUGAACAGUUGGGACAUAAGGCAUUUGGAAUGGUUGGAAAGCUUGCUGCUUCUGGAUCAAUUACAAUGCAGAACAUUGGAGCUAUGUCAAGCUACCUCUUCAUAGUGAAAUAUGAGUUACCUUUGGUGAUCCAGGCAUUAAUGAACAUUGAAGAUACAACUGGAUUGUGGUAUCUGAAUGGUGACUAUCUGGUUCUGCUGGUGUCCUUGGUGCUCAUUCUUCCUCUGUCACUGCUGAGAAAUUUAGGGUAUUUGGGUUAUACCAGCGGCCUUUCCUUACUGUGCAUGAUGUUCUUCCUGAUUGUGGUAAUAUGCAAGAAGUUUCAGAUUCCUUGCCCUGUGGAAGUUGCCUUGAUAAUUAAUGAAACCGUGAAUAGCACUUUAACACACCCGACAAUGUUCGCUUCUAAUAUGGCACUUAAUACGACAGAAGGUGAUUCCUGCAGACCACGUUAUUUUAUCUUCAACUCACAGACUGUCUAUGCUGUGCCAAUUCUGACCUUCUCAUUUGUCUGCCAUCCUGCUAUCCUCCCCAUUUAUGAAGAGCUGAAAGGUCGCAGCCGUAAAAGAAUGAUGAAUGUAUCCAAGAUUUCAUUCUUUGCUAUGUUUCUCAUGUACCUGCUGGCCGCCCUCUUUGGCUACCUGACAUUUUAUGACCACGUUGAGUCAGAACUGCUUCAUACUUACUCCACUGUCCUGGGGACUGACAUUCUUCUCCUCAUUGUCCGUUUGGCUGUGUUAGUGGCUGUGACCCUAACGGUACCAGUAGUUAUUUUCCCGAUCCGGAGUUCCAUCACUCACCUGUUCUGCGCAGCAAAGGAUUUCAGCUGGUUGCGUCACACCAUCAUCACGGUGUCUAUUUUGGUAUUUACCAAUUUGCUUGUCAUCUUUGUCCCAACUAUUCGAGAUAUCUUUGGCUUCAUUGGUGCUUCUGCAGCUGCUAUGUUGAUUUUUAUUCUUCCCUCUGCCUUCUAUAUCAAGCUCGUGAAGAAGGAGCCCAUGAAAUCAGUACAAAAGAUUGGGGCUGCGCUCUUCCUGCUGAGUGGGAUAGUGGUGAUGACCGGGAGCAUGGCCCUGAUUGUUUUGGAUUGGGUCCACAAUGCCUCCACAGGUGGCCAUUAACUGGCACUCCCGAAACUUCAACAGUCCAUUUGAUGCCAGUGUUGAGUCAACACUCAACUGCUAUGAAAUUUCACCUAAUGUUUUCAGUUUCACUUCCUUUUGAAGUUGAUUCCUCGCUGGUUCUUCUGAGCGCAGAAUAAGUGAACUUUUUUUGUUUGUUUAUUUUAAGAAACUUCUGGAUGAUAGAAACAGAUAUUAACAACAAAACCAGGAGCCUCGGGUUAACGGAAGUGACAAUUUUAUUCCAUUCCAGAGAAUGGACAAACUCUUUUAUCAAGCCACAUGUUUGGCUGUGUCAUUGUUUAACUUGGAUAUUUUAUGAUUUUACUUGAAUGUGCCUAAUGGAACCAUUCGAUGUGAGAAAUAAUUCUUCUUAAUUUACAGCAAAGUAUUGAGAAAAACACUAUUAUUUUUUUGUACCAAAAAUAUUUAAAGACCUCAGAAGCACUAUUUUACUUUAAAAAAAAAAGGCUUUUUUUGAACUUUGUCCAAAAAACAGUUGUCAAUAUAAAUUCUGUCAAAGAAAUUGCAUUGGUAUUUAAAAACAAGUAUUAAUAUUAUGAGAUGAUUUGCCUUUUUUUUAGGCAUAAGAAGCCAAAUACUUUUUUUACCCAAAAUAAUUUUUAGAGAAAACGAUGUAAUGAAAAAUUGUACCAUGAAUAGGAGUGUAGUUUUGUCACUCAAAUGUCAUUGUUAGUAAGAGAAUCAAUUAUCGCUAUACCAAAUCAGAUGAACAUUGUUCAUCACUCUUCUCUGUCCUCAUAAUUUGGCUCAUUUAGAUUGAACUAGGUGUGUGACUUCCAUCUAUUAUAGUGGAGGGAAAGGCAGAAAUUUCUGUGGAAAGUAAAAUAAUUUUGAGGUACCAAAUAGCGCAAUUGGGUAACAGGGUUUAUUCAGUUGCAUCCCUCCAGAGUUGCAUUUGCAGCUCUGGGGUUUUUUGGGCCAGCCCUAUUUUGCUUUUGCUUCCAGCUGUGGAAAUGGGCAUUUGAUGGCUAGAGACCAAAGAUGGUCAUGUCUAGAGAAUACAACUUCUCAAGAUGCCCAUCGAGCACUGGAAGCGUGAAUUACUUGACAAUGUAUGGCUUAGUUGUGUUUCUGUUUUGUCUACAGUAGAGGUCUCAUCCACAGGUUACCCCAAUGCUUGGUAUCAAGUUUUCUUCAUCUAGGCCACUGAGCUCACACAGUAACCUUUUGGAAAGAAACUCAAGUGCACUGGACCGUCAUCUCAUUUUGUACAACAUUGAACUAUUUGUUUACAUCCAACAAAUUGUCGGUUAGGAAAAACAGUGCAGCCUGAGUGUUUGUACUUGGCCCAACUGCAUGUUCAUCCUUCAUUUCAAAACCAGUUAGGAGCGAAACAACUACAUUGCUUUAAGAGCACAUUUAUUGUAUGUUACGGUGUAUGGUGAAUAUGUUAUUAAAUAACGUGGUACUUUGCUCAUCAGGCAUAAUUUCUAAAAUCCAGUAUAUGUAAAAGUCCAUUAGUGGUUGAGGGAAGCAAAUCAUGGAAUCAUCUGGCUCUAACGGUCUCUCCUGAGCUAAACUUUUUUUAGUUUUAGGCAAGGGCCAGGAAGAUGGCAGACAUGGUUUUGUUACACAUUUUUGUAUUAUAUGUGAUUAAAUUACAGACGGGCUAGUCUGUAACUAAAGACCCUUGUGGAACUGGAAGACGUCCUGUAGAAACCAAUGGUCUGUUCUUGCUUGUUUCUACAAAGAUCACUGGGGCCAUCUGGAAAGGCAGUGAGAAGAUGGAUUCUACAGUACUGCUUUCAUUUAAUUGGGCUUUUGGAACUAACUCCCUUCAAAUCCAGAACCUCACCUCUAGUUCAUAACAAGAAUGGGCACUUGUGCUUGUGUUUCUGGACAGAACUGCUUUUCCAAAGUCAGGUCAGCCAGGGAUGUAAGCGUUUUUAUGCAGUUUACAUCCAUCCUUUAGGAGAAAAUGACGUGGCAACCAGGAAAGAGUGGGAAAAAUACGGAAAUUGGCAGUGGGGAGGAACCCCCAGUCCUCUGGCUGGUUGAAGAUCAAAAUCAGAUGCCUAGGGUGUAAAUUACAUUGCAUGUUAUCUUGCCUUGAGGUUCUUAACAGUGAACUCCCAUUAAUGAGCAGUCUUCAGUAUUAAAACCACUGUCUUGUCAGCCCUCUGCAUCACUGUCUUACUUGGAUGUUUCAGUUUAACUAAUGUUAUUUAUAGAACAGCAUUAAUCCAUUAAAGCUAACCUAUUUUUCAAUAUUUAUGAUAAUCUAUGUACAUACAUCGUUUGUCCAUAUGUAUUUGUAUAUAGAUUGUAUAUAAUGUCAGGUUUGGGGUUUGGGUUCAAGUGUAUAUAUUCCUGUAAGUUUAUUAACUGCAUUUUGAUGAGUUCCUAUUAUGUACCUGUAAGAAGUGCCCCAAAAGUUAACUGUACAGACAUUUCAGUACAAAACAAAGUUAACAAAUGUUGUAAACACUAAAAAUUGAAGAUACUGUUUAAAUUGUAUUUGCAAUAAACAGGCUGGUUGUACAUCACUUUUUUUUCCCCCACAAAAACCUGGUGCAAGUUCUGAUCUCUUAUUAAAUAAGGACUAAAUUUUCAAAAUGCAGUAAUUUUCAAAAUGUGAUCUAGUGUUAACGAUCAAAUGUGAUAGCUUGUGUGAUGAAAAGACCUUUGAAAAGUUGGGUGUGUUAACGUUUUGUACAUAGUGUAAAUACCCCUACUGUACUAGAGGCUAACCAGGCAUACGACCUGUUGGCAGAGUGCUACACCGUUUCAAUGAAACUGUUUGUUUUAACUGAACUAAAAUAAACACAUGCUUAAUCCAGA